AUGGCGUUAGGCAAAGAAGCACCUAGUCAUGGAGAUGAAAGAAGUAAAAUAUCCCUGGAUACUUUGUUGGUGGAGGAGAUUGGACAGUUUGGUCGAUAUCAAUGGCGGAUGUUGGGAUUGACAGUCGUCUUCGUCAUCUUUGCCGCCUGGGCUGCAGUCGAAUUCGUUUUCACAACGGGUCGCAUCUCUACUAGAUGCUUGAUACCAGAAUGCGAUGUCGUCGGACAAAUAGAGUUUCACCCAGAAUGGAUACUGAAUGCAGUACCGGAGAGUGGAAGUUCCUUUGACAACUGCAGAAGAUUUAGUCCGGUUAAUAGUACCGCGUUCGCCAACACUUGUCCCGCACAUUGGUUCGACAGGAACACCAUCUCCGAGUGCGAGGACUUUGUCUACCAAAACACUAACACCGUGGUUUACGACUACGGACUCGCGUGUGACGAAUGGCGCCGCUCCCUGAUCGGGUCAGUCCGGACCUUCGGGACCCUGACGGCACUACCCAUCACCGGCUACAUCUCCGACCGCUGGGGCAGGAGGACAGCUCUCUGCAUCAACGCCUUCAACACAGCCUGGCUGGGUGUCACGCGCUACUUCGCCGACACAUACAUUGGAUUCCUCAUUUCUGAAGUUGUUGAAGCAACUUUCGGUUCUGGAGGAUUUUCAUGUGCUUAUAUCUUGUUAAUGGAAGUAGUUGGCCCCAAAUAUCGCGUGGCAGCUGGAGCGACGAUGAACACAAUGUUCUCGGUGGGACAGAUUACAAUGGGACUCCUAGCUUGGGCUGUGCCAAACUGGAGAUAUCUAACACUGACAUUGUACAUACCACAGUUCAUCACAGUGUUCUACUACUGGCUCAUGUUUGAGUCUAUUCGUUGGUACAUAUCGAAGGGACGAUACCAGGAGGCAGGGUCCACUUUGAAGAAAGUUGCUACGAUCAAUGGAAAACAACUAUCAGAUGAUUCAAUAGAAACCUUAAGAGUGUGCGCUGAAGAGGAGAAAAAACAAAAGGAAUUAGACUUAGCUUCGAGAUCUUCGGAGCCCUGGCUGAUAGUGAUACUUUUUAGAUACAAGCGUGUACUGCUGAGAGUAUGUGUUUCCCCGGUGUGGUGGAUUACAACUACCUUUAUAUACUACGGAUUAUCAAUCAACUCCGUCAAUAUGUCCGGGAAUCAGUACGUGAAUUAUAUCGCCGUUGCUGCAGUUGAGAUUCCUGGGUACUGGGCCGCGGUGAUACUCAUGAGCAUUAUAGGAAGAAAGUUAGUAUUGGCUGGUGCAUUCUGGUUAUGCUGCGCUUGCCAAAUUGCAUAUAUAUUUAUGCCACAAGGAAUGUACGCCGUGUCACUGACAGCAUACUUGAUAGGGAAGCUAGCAAUAGCCACGGUGAUGACCACAGUCUACGUUUACACGACGGAGUUGUACCCAACUAGAUACAGGCACACAUUGUUCGCGUUCUCAUCAAUGAUGGGAAGAAUUGGAUCAAUUAUUGCACCUCUCACGCCAGCAUUUGGACAAGCACUCUUCGAGGAGUUUCCUUUUAUACUUUUUGCUGCUUUCUCACUAAUAUCUGGUGGACUUGUACUGCUAACACCGGAGACAAUGGGCACCAAGCUGCCAGAUACCAUGGAAGAAGCUUCAAACCUUGGUUUAAAGUCAAGCAAACUUCAGCCGACAUUAUAAGGACAAUUUAUUACGUCUGAUACUAGAAAGGUUAUUAUAUCUUUCGGAGAUUGAAUCUAAGUAUAGUAUCAAUAUAUUUUGUAAGCGUUCCUUUGAAAAUUGCACUCUCCAGAACUUUAUCAAUUGCGAGAUUAUAUUUUGAGUUUGGACUGGUCUCAUCUUCAAAAUUGUUUGAAGGAGGCACAAUGAAUGUAGCUCAUGGAAAUUUUUCCACUAUGAUUGUUACAACUUUUUCUGUAACUUAAGUUUAAAUAAGAUAUCCUAAAUGUAAACGUGCAAUAAGACAUUGAAGAAAAUUGUCAGAAAUAUAUUCUAUUUUCAAAAGGACACUGACGGCAUGGAUAUUUAUCCAAUCUUCAAUUUCCUCUAAUUGAAAGGUCAAUAAGGGCAUAGGUUAGUGGUAGUCACAGGUAAGGUAGUCACAAAUCAGACGUGAGAAGAUUUUUUCCAUAGUUUAGCUGAAAAAUUUAACCGUGACCACGUCCACAUGUUCGAUGAUGAAACAGGAGGAGGAGUACAUAUAUGGACCGUUCACUCAACAGAUCUUGAAUCCAGGUAUUGAUAUCCUGAAGAAAAUCCCAAAACCUGGAUAUUAGAAGACUAGCGUGCCAGUUUUUGUCGAAAACUUUAGAUAUGUUACGAGGCAAAGCAAGCUCGAGGGUGUGUUGUAAACAGGAAAUGGUCUCUUAAUACCACAACGCCCAGAACGAAAUUCGUACUGUGUAGAUAUGCGAUGCAUGGUGUAAAACCUUAUGGGAAAACCUUAUGAGGAAGCUCAUUGUCGCUCGGAGAGCAAUGGAGACAGUAUGCUCGGAGUUUCCCUCCGAGAUCGAAUCAGAAAUGAGGAGAUCUGUAGGAGAAUCUAAGUCACCGACCCAGGUAGUUGCAAAACUUAAGUGGCAGCGGGCAGGGCAUGUAGCUCGACAGAUAGAUGGCCGUGGGGAAGACGUUGGUCCCCCACAAGAUGGACCGACGAUCUGGUCAAGAUCGCCGGAGUAGGUUGGGUGAGGGCAGCGCAGGACCGAUCGUCAUGGCGAUCUUUGGGGGAGGCCCUUUUCCAGCAGUGGGCGUUUUCCAGCUGAAAUGGAUGGUGUAAGCCCUACAAGACUUGAUUAGUUGAUCAUAUUUGAUGAAAAGGUGAUUCAGCGUAGCAGGUUGUAAGUCAAUGGAGGCGCACAUGUUCUAAUGAAACUAGGCUAGCACUGGCACUAGCACUAUUCGAACCGAGUUACUGCAGAGUUGGGAGGAUAAACGUCCUAAUACCAUACAAAGUAUGUUAUCGCAAAUAGAUUAAUUACCAGUUUGAUCCGGAUAGGGUCAAUAUUAUUGUAGAAUUAUCGUAAUAAAUUUUUUGAUAAGACCAAAA